GAAGUUGAUUAAAUCGUCACAUAACAAAAGUGUCAUGGCGGAGUUAGACGAAAACGCUGGUGAUAAGGAGAAAUCGUUGGCAAAAAACAGUAGAACUAGGGACGGCGAAAACAUGAAAACAAAUAUUCACAAGCCCUGUUCCCAGGGCAAACAAGACACCUCCACCGCUGUUACCACCACAGAGUACUGCGAAAAAUUACAAGAGUGGAUGUGGCAGUACUACUACAGCUAUAUGAACUGGCAGAGCUGGAUAGCCAUGUCUGCGUUUUCCUUCCCACCGUGUUUCCCAACACAAGGAACAAAUGAAACGCCAGGAGCGACGAUAUGGGGUGCAGAUUUGUCUAAUGGAGACCUUCGGAAUUGGUUUAGCAGCCCGUUUGGUUUUCCUGCUGCAGGUGCGAACGCGGCGGGUGCUGCUGCUGACGCGAGCGGACAGAGUUCUCGAGCUCCUGCCACAGCGCCUGCGCAGCUGCCGCCUCAACAACAACCACAGCAACCCAAUGGAAAUGCUCAACAGCCUGGUAGGGAAUAUUAUAUCCCCUCUCCUCUGCAAAGGUUCUUGGCGGAAAUGGUGGAUUUCUUCAUUCUUUUCUUCAUUAAAGCCACAAUUAUCCUUAGUAUUGUGCACUUGAGUGGAAUGAAGGACAUCUCAAAGUUUGCCAUGCACUUCAUAGUAGAGGAGAUUGAUGAGGACACGUCAAUGGAGGAAUUGCAGAAGAUGAUGCUUGUGGCUCUAGUGUAUAGGAUAUUAGUUUGCUUUUAUGAGAUCAUAUGUAUUUGGGGAGCUGGUGGGGCGACACCAGGGAAGUUUCUCAUUGGCUUACGAGUGGUCACAUGUGACAGCUCCGUUCUGGUUCAGCCAAACCGAGUUCUUGUGGUACCAGCGACAAACGUCACGCUUUCUGCGUCUACGGUGAGAGCGUUAAACAAGAACUUCUCCAUCGCUUUCUUUUUUCCGGCAUUCAUCACACUCCUUUUCUUUCAGCACAACAGGACUGUGUAUGACAUUGUGGCUGGCACCAUUGUGGUAAAGAGAAACAGGCUUAGAUGACUUUGUCAUUGAAGUCAUUAUCAACCCGACUUUGUAAUGCAAAAACAAGCUCA